AUGAAGUUCAUCUGUGCUCUCUGGCUUUGGAUGUUGCUGUCAGAAUUAAAUUCAACUACUGGAAACAUUUCUAGUCAAGGACACAGUGAAGGAAGCAUCACAAUUACAUGUUCCCACGGCUGGGCUUCAACCAAAAUAAAAUAUUUCUGCAGAGAUCCACGUAAAGACAGUAAAGAUAUUUUAGUCAAAUCUGACCAGUCACCUAGAAGAAGAUACACACUGAAGGAUUCUGGAGAAGGAACCUUCACUGUGAACAUCACUGAUCUACAGGAGUCAGACUCUGGGAUUUACUGGUGUGGAGUGGAGAGAUUUGGUUUUGACACAUUUACAAAAGUCAAACUGACAGUAUCUAAAGGUUUUGUCAAAGCAUCUGGUCCAGCUGGCGAAAAAGCAGGUGCUGAACACAGAAACUCAUCCUCAUCUUCCCAUAUAUUCCCAGUGCCUUUAUAUUAUAUUCCUUACACUGCUGCUGGUUUGGCCGUCAUGGUGAUCAUAUGCGCAGUUGGACUGGUCACUGUUUGUCAGUGCAGAAAGCGAGUCAAGAAAUCAAAAUGUGUGAUUGCAAGAUCUAUAUACAAUUCCCAUCACAGCGAGGAGGCUAAUGCUGUUUAUCAGAACGCUCCUGAUGACAGACCCUACACCACCAUAAAGAAAUCCAGUACCAAGUCUAAGGACGAGAGCCAAUCAGACCCAAUCUAUCAGAACCUACACUUCAACACUACCCAGGGAGAAACUAUCUAUGGCAAUCUAUAG